CAAGAAAAGGAGAAUAUUCAAAAUGAAUUAAAUCAAAUUAAAAUAGAAAGUUCUCAAAAAGAAGAAGAAUUAAAUAAAAUAAAAGAAGAAAAACAACAAGUAGAAGAUGAAAAAGCUAAAUUAAUUACAGACAUUGCUAAUGGAAAUGAUGGAUUAACUAAAUUAAAUGAAGUAAUUGAUAAAUUAAAAGAUGAAAAAGAGAAUAUCAGUAAUGAGCUUAAUCAAAUAAAAAAUGAAAGAGAUAAUAUUACUAAUGAAUUUAAUAAAACAAAAGAAGAAAUACAACAAAAAGAAAAUGAAAUAACACAAUUACAUGAAGAAAAAAGUGGUUUAGUAAAUGAGUUAAGUCGAAUUAAAGAAGAAAAACAGAAGAUAGAAGAUGAAAAAAUUUUCAUUCAACAAGAAAAAGAAAAUGAAAUAACAAAGUUAAAUGAAGAUAAAAUUGGAGUAGAAAAUGAAUUAAACCAAAUUAAAACCGAAAAACAAGAAAUAGAAAAUGAAUUAAAUCAAAUUAAAGAAGAAAAACAAAAGAUAGAAGAAGAGAAAUCAAAUUUAAUAACAGAAUUAUCAAAUGGAAAUGAUGGUAUUUCGAAGUUAAAUGAAGAAUUAAUGCAAAUUAAAAAAGAAAAAGAAAUAACCUUAGAUGAACUUAACCAAAUUAAAAAUGAAUUUACAUCAUUUAAAGAACAAAAUAUUCAAAAGGAAAAUGAUCUUAAAGAUGAAAAUAAUAAAAUUCAACAGGAACUAGAACAAAAGAAUAACGAAAUCUCAAAGUUAGAAGAAGAAAAAGGAAAUAUUACCAAUGAAUUAAGUAAUACAAAACAAGAAUUAGAAGAAAAGAAAGAAGAGAUAACUACUAUUACUCAUGAAAAGGAAGAAAGAGAAAAUGAAUUAAAAGAACAGGUUAAGAAAGUAGAAGAAGAGAAGUCAAAGUUAAUAACAGAACUGUCAAAUGGAAAUGAUGGUAUUUCUAAAUUGAAUGGAGAGUUAACUCAAAUCAAAAAAGAAAAAGAAGAAAUUAAAAAAGAAUUAGAAGAAGAAAAAGAGAAAUUAGAAAGAAAAGAAGAAGAGCUUAAAGAAAUCAAAGAAGCAAAACAACAACUAGAAGAAGAGAAAAUAAAAUCUAUUGAAGAAAAAACUACCCUCCAACAAGAAUUAGAAGAAAAAAAUAAACUUGUUGAAGAAAUAAAUGAAAUUAAAAAAGAGAAAGAAGACGUAACUAAUGAAUUGAGUGCUGUUAAAGAAGAGAAAAAUAAAAUAGAAGAAGAGAAAAAUAAAAUAACAAAUGAAAACAAAGAAAUUAAAGAAGAAAAUAUAAAGUCUAUUGAAGAAAAAACACAAGAAAUUAAUUCAUUAACAACAUCUAUAGAAGAACUAAAGAACUAUUUAGAAGUAUCAAAAGGAGAACGAAUUGAAGUUGAAAAAGAAAGAGAUAGAGCAACAUCUGAAUUAAAUGAUAUUAAAUUACAAAAUGAAGGGCUGAAGAAACAAGUAGAAGAAACUCAGAAUAGAAUGGCAGAAAUGCAGAAGUCUUUUGAAGGAUCUGAAAAUGAAAUGAUUAGUUCAUUAAAUAACCAAAUCACACAGUUAAACGAAAAAGAGAAACAAAUGAAUGAACAGGUUAUGGCAUUACAAACACAAUUGUCUCAAAGCAAUAUCAGCCUAGAAGAAGUUAAAAAAGAUCUUAUUGAAUCACAAAAUAAAUACACUCAAGUUAUUGAAGAAAAAGAUGGUAUUGAACAUGAACGAAACAAAAUAAAUGAAGAAUAUAAAACAAUUAAUGAAGAGCUUGAAAAAAAUAAGAAAGAACUUAACGAUUUACAAAUUAAACAGGAUAACAAAAUUAUUGAAUUAAAUAAUAUAAUAAACGACUUAAAAGAAGAAAGGACUAACUUUGAAGAACAAGUUAAGAAAGUAGAAGAAGAAAAAACAAAGUUAAUAACAGAAUUAUCAAAUGGAAAUGAUGGUAUUUCUAAAUUGAAUGAAGAAUUAAUGCAAAUUAAAAAAGAAAAAGAAGAAAUAAGUAAUGAAUUAAAUGCAGUUAAAGAAGAAAAAAAACAAAUAGAAGAAGAAAAAGAAAAAGAAAAAACUGAAAUCAAAGAAGAAAAAGAAAAGAUUGAAGAAGAGAAAAAUGAAUUAAUCAAAGAAAUUGAAAAAGAAAAAGAAGGAAAGAAAGAAUUACAAAUAGAAAUUAAUAAAAUUAAUACACAAAUGAAAGAAAUAGAAGAAAACAAGAAACAAAUUAUUUUUGAUAACAACAAAGAAAUUGAAAGAUUAAAAGAAGAAUCCGAAAAUAUUCAAAAAGAAUUAAAUCAAAUUAAAGAAGAAAAAUCUAAGUUAAUGUCAGACUUAUCAAGUGGUAGUGAUGGAUUAAGUAAAUUGAAUGAAGAGAUUGAAACAAUAAAUAAAGAAAAAGAAGGAAUCCAAAAUGAAUUUAAUCAAUUAAAAGAGGAAAACAAUAAAAUUCAAGAGGAGUUAGAACAAAAAAAUCAAGAACUCAUAAAACUUAAAGAAGAAAAAGAAAAGUUAUCACUUGAUCUAACAAACGGUAAUGAUGGAAUUAACCAAUUAAAUGAAAACUUAAAUCAAAUCAAAAAUGAUAAAGAAGAAUUAACUGAAAAGAAUAUCCAGCUUCAAAAUGAAAUUAAUAAACUAAAAUCUGAAAAUGAAGAGCUUACAAAUAAUAUUUCAAUUGAAAAAGAAGGAUUAAAACAAGUUAAUGAAGAAGUAAAUGCUAUUAAAGAAGAACGAGAUGAAUUAGUUAAACAAAUUAGAAACAUAGAAGAGGAAAAAAGAAAAGUAGAAGAAGAAUUAAAUCUCAAUGGAAGUGAGCUUAAUGAACGAAUAAUACAAAUAAGUAAUGAAAAAGAAGAAGUUAGUCAAGAAUGUAAUGAGCUGAAAAAUAGUUUAAAAGAACUACAAAACAAAAUAGAAGAAAUUGAACAAGAAAAAGAAGGUAAUGAAAUCAGUAAGAAAGAACAAAUAGAAGAGUUACAAGAAGAAAUUAAUGAAAGAGAUAAUGACAUUAAAAACCUGAAAGAAGAAAUAGAAAGAAUACAAAAAGAAGUUCAAGAAAAAGAAGAAGAUAAGGAACAAAUAAGUACUACAGAAGAAGUUGAAGAAUUGAAGAAUGAACUUAUAGAAACACAACGAUUACUAGAAGAAGAAAGAAAAGAAAAAGAAUCUAUUUCUAAUGAAUUUGAAGAAACAAAAGAACAAGUUCUUUUGUUUCUCAAAUCA